AUGUCCCCAAGCAUAUCCUCAGAACCGACAUCCGUCAAACGGAAAGCCCCCGAUGCCGAUGUCUCCUCCACAGCCAAACCAUCCUCCUCAUCAUCACCCGUCACUAGCUUCACAUCGCGGAAUCCCCCAUGGACAUAUUUCAAACUCCAACUAAUCCACCAACCCGGCACCUCCCCUUCCGUCCAAUCCGCACCCCUCGACCCCCUCACAGCACGCACCUAUCUCACCUCCGCCCUGACCCAAUUCCUCGGCCUAACCGGCUCCACGAUAUCCAUCGACAUCCUCAAAACCACGCCGACAACCACGUCCGAGACGCCCCAGACACAAUCAUCUCCCCCCACCUCCACUCCCGCUACCAUCCCCAAAAUAGCCUGGAUCCGCGUCCCCAGCGCCGACGCCCCCGCCGUGACAGCGGCGCUGAGUUCCUGGAUCGGAGGAAACGCCGGCGGAGGGGUCGUCGGCAGCGUGGCGUGGCGGGUGUGCGCGAAGGGGAAUUAUCUAGGCGCGUUGGUGAAUGGGAAUGGUGGAAAUUUGUUUGUUCCUGAGUAG